AUGUCUGACUACAAGCCUACCGAACACGACGGUCUCCGCAAGGACGGACAGCCGGACCAGCGGGUUGGCACCGGUCAAUUCGCCCAAGGCAAAGUUGACCCGCAUGAGGCAGGAAGGCAAGGCGGGCAUGCCAGCGGAGGUAGCUCCCACGAAAGCUCUGGUGGUAGCGAGUCUGGACAGUUUGCCCAUGGGAAGGUUGAUCCUCACGAGGCUGGCAAAAAGGGAGGCAUGAAGUAG